AUGUUCGCUGCACUCUCGAUUCUGUCUCCAUCGGUCAGCGCGAUCAAUAACGGGCUAGCGACGUGGUAUUAUGAUGGGAUCGGCGCAUGCGGUGGCUGGAACGUCAACACCGAUUUCAUUGUCGCUUUGAACCCAAUCGACUACGCAGGAGGCACAAAAUGCGGCAAGAAAAUCAAAGUCAAUUAUCAAGGCAAAUCAAUCAUAGUUCAAGUCGUCGACCUCUGUCCCUCAUGCGGGUGGAAAGCCAUCGAUCUAUCUCAAUCGGCAUUCCAAGCGCUCGCUCCGCUCUCUCAGGGAAUCAUCCAAAUAUCUUGGGACUACAUUUAG